GUUGGGACUGUGAGUGCAAGUUGGUUGUGAAUUACCUUCAGGAAGUUGUUGGCUAGUUUGAGAAAAACAUCCGUUUCUACUGGUGUAAAAUGCUUGGAGGUUUAGUUCAUAUUGGCGCUAACUUAACCAACGCUGUUUCGUCCUACCUCACUGGUGGAGUGACAGUUGAGGCAGAGUUGGAAAAACUUAGAUUAUCAAAAGAUGACCUGAUCAAGGAGAUGGAAUUAAUCACAGCUGAUAUGGAGAAUGGUCUUUCAGGAGAUGCAGAAACACGAAGCAAGUCUUCAGUGCCUAUGUUAGUCACCUAUGUUCGUAGCACACCUUUGGGGACUGAAACUGGAGACUUCUUAGCCCUUGACCUUGGGGGGACCAAUUUUCGAGUUCUGUUGAUCCACAUUGAACCAGACCAAAUCACAAUGGAUAGUCGGGUUAUGCCCAUGAGCAAGGAACUCAUGACAAGUGAUGCUGUGACAUUGUUUGACUAUAUUGCAGAAUGUAUUAUUAGUUUUGUUAAAGAGAAAAAAGUGCAAGAUAAAGUGCUGCCUUUAGGGUUUACUUUUUCAUUUCCUGUCAAAAUGUUAAGUUUAACAUCCGGUAUCCUGUUGAAAUGGACGAAAGGAUUCACUGCAACCGGAGUGGAGAACCAAGAUGUUGUUGUUCUCUUGAAAGAAGCACUUGAUCGCAAAAAGGAGUACAAAAUAAACAUUGUUGGUCUGGUGAAUGACACAACGGGAACACUGAUGUCUUGUGGCUGGGAAGAUCAGGAUGUAACAAUUGGAUUAAUUCUCGGCACUGGAACAAAUGCCUGCUAUAUGGAACGUCUUGAAAAUGUCGGAAAGUGGACGGGCAAGAUUGAUGAACCUAAGCAAGUGAUAAUAAACACAGAAUGGGGUGCUUUUGGGGAUAACGGUACCCUAGAUUGGAUCAGGACGGACUAUGAUAAACAAGUUGAUGCAAAUUCUUUAAAUCCUGGACAGCAGAUAUUUGAGAAGAUGAUUUCUGGUAUGUAUCUUGGUGAGAUUGUUCGUCUUGUGUGCGUCCACUUGGCAUCAAAAGGUUUACUGUUUGAUGGCGUAUGCACCGAGAAACUUGGAAAACGCGAAGAAUUCUUAACAAAGUUUGUCUCAGAUGUGGAAAGUGGAAAUCACGAGCGAACAUUGAAAGUUUUGGAGGAGCUAGGUUAUUCUCAACCCAAACAAGAGGAUAUUGAAAUUCUCAAACAGAUUUGCCAAGUGAUGUCUGAAAGAGCAGCCCGUCUUGCUUCAGCUGGUCUAGCAGCAAUAGUGAAGAAAAUUGGCAGAUCUCAUUGUACGAUUGCUGUUGAUGGUUCUCUUUUCAAGAAACAUCCUAAGUUCAAAACGUACAUGGAAAGCACACUGGAUGAAUUACUACCUGGAAAGCAUAUCAAACUGAUGCUUUCUGAAGAUGGCUCUGGCAAAGGUGCUGCACUUGUUGCAGCCGUUGCAUGCCAGAAUCACCAAUGAUGGACAGAAACUUUUGCACACAGAACUAUGUCAUAAAAAGCUACAAUUAUUUUGUUGAUAACAUUUUAU